AUGAAGCCUGACGUCUUCGUCCAAGGCAUCAUCAAUGGUUCAUAUGGAACCUUCUUCUUGUCUCGGUUCCGAGAGGCCCUCUUUUACCACUCCGCAAUGUUUGACAUGCUUGAUGCAACUAUGCCACGUGAGAGCCGGCUGCGGUUGGUGCUUGAACGGGGUAUCUUUGGUUGGGUUGCCUUGAAUGCCAUUGCGUGUGAGGGUGAGGACCGGGUGGAGCGUGGUGAGACAUAUAAGCAGUGGCAGAUCAGAAACCGACGGGCUGGUCUAAGGCAACUUCCGUUAAAUAGAGACUCCGUCAAUAUGGUGAGGAACAUGGUCAAGAAUCAGUACCACAAGGACUUUGUUAUCGAGGAGGAUCAGCAAUGA